UAUCAAUUGUAAUCUUGCCUCUGGUUGGCUACAAAAUUACCUCUCCUCCAAUCAUUGCCAUCUUUUGUGAUUGUAGCCUGGUUUUAAGGCCAUAAUAAUUUCAUCGACAUCAUGACGGAACGAUACAGUUUUUCACUGACAACUUUCAGUCCAUCCGGAAAACUUGUUCAGAUUGAAUAUGCCUUAGCCGCAGUUAGUGCUGGUGCCCCAUCAGUUGGGAUUAAAGCGGUAAAUGGAGUUGUUCUAGCUACAGAAAAGAAACAAAAAUCUAUUUUAUAUGAUGAUCAAAGUAUACAUAAGAUUGACUAUAUCACUAAAAAUAUAGGAAUGGUCUAUAGUGGCAUGGGACCAGAUUACAGAGUAUUAUUAACUAGAGCACGUAAAUUGGCCCAGACAUAUUAUUUGACGUAUCAAGAACAGAUUCCUACAGCACAGUUAGUACAGAGAGUGGCUACAGUCAUGCAGGAGUUUACACAAUCAGGUGGUGUACGACCAUUUGGUGUAUCUCUAUUAGUAGCUGGCUGGGAUGAAGAUGAAGAAAGACCUUAUUUAUACCAGUGUGAUCCUUCUGGAGCUUAUUUUGCCUGGAAAGCCACAGCUAUGGGGAAAAAUCACAUAAAUGGAAAAACAUUCUUAGAGAAAAGAUAUAGUGAAAAGCUGGAAUUAGAAGAUGCUGUUCACACUUCUAUCUUAACAUUAAAAGAAAGCUUUGAAGGUCAAAUGACAGAAGACAACAUUGAAAUCGGCAUCUGUAAUCAAGACGGCUUCAGAAGAUUGGCACCAUCAGAAAUUAAGGAUUACUUGGCAUCGGUUUCCUAAUAUGAUUAGACUCUAAUUUAUUUCAUCAUAUUUAGAAGUUUAUCUGAAUUAUCUUCAUUAUAUUUCUAGUUCGUGUAAAACACACAGAGAUCUAAUUGUACUGUAACAGUCAACAAAAUAAAAUCAUUUUUUUUGUUA